GAAUGUCACAAACAUCCCGUCUGUCUUGAUAUGCUAAUCUGGGUGUAUAACGCUGAUUUAGAAAUAUCUGUUAAAGCCGAGAGGGCUGGCAGUCGUGGCACAGACGCAGAGGAAACGAGACCUUUACUCUUUUAUCUCCCGAUCCCGGAUCCGACGGUCAUUUUAACCAGACUGCUGUGGAAGCAGCCCGGCGAGCCGGGGCCAUGUCGCUACAGAGCACGGUGAUCCCAGACGAAUCCGUCUUUGCGGAGUUCAGAGCCCAGUGCCUGUCCACAGAAAACUGGCUAUGCAAAUACAACACCUGCGACAUGGAGGUGUGGACAGAGAUGGCGCCGGGGAACGGGAGCAGCGCAUCCAAAGUGCACAAGAUCAAGUGCAGGAGAGUCAUUCAGGACGUUUCUGCGGCCACCAUGUAUGACGUUCUCCACGACUCGCAGUUCCGCGUGAAGUGGGAUCCCACCAUGCUAGAGAGUUUCGACAUCGGCCGCCUGUCCGCCAACACCGACGUGGGAUACUAUUCCUGGCUGUGCCCCAAGCCACUGAAAAACAGAGACGUGGUUACACUGCGCUCCUGGAGAGUCAAAGAUGACGAGUAUCUGAUCAUUAACUACUCCGUCAUGCACCCGAAGUACCCUCCUCGCACGGACCUGGUACGCGCGGUCUCCAUCAUCACCGGCUACAUGCUAAAGGUGACCGGGCCCAACAGCUGCGUCUUCUUUUACCUGUCCCAGGGUGAUCCGAAGGGUUCCAUUCCAAAGUGGCUGGUAAACAAAGCCUCGCAAGUUCUGGCUCCCAAAGUGAUGAUGUGUCUGCACAAGGCAGGGCAGUGCUACCUAGACUGGAAAGAGAACAACUCUCCAGAGAGGAAGCCUUGGCUGUACCCCGAGCAGAGCGAGUUACCCUGGAUGGAUCCAGCAGAACUGGUGAUCCAGCGCAGGGAGUCGCUGGAGAACGUGGACGAGAGCUCAUCACAGAAUUCUCCGGGGGGCGAGAAGGCCGAGGACAGUAGCUGAGUGGGGGGGCGGGGCCACCCCCUCACCAUCAUGGCCCCAAAUCACUUCCUGAGCCCAAACUGUAACUUAUGGGACGAUUCCCCCUCCAGGCUGCCUGCUGGAGUCACUGAGUUAUGCAGUGUUUUGCACUCAGAUGUCAGGCAGUAUUGCUCUAAGUUCCUGUCAACAUAUUAACCAGAUGGGUACAACUGCAAAGAAAAGGUGUCUGCUUACAUCUCGCAAUGAUCAGUUAUGGCUCAUUUGUACCCAUUUCAGUGCCUGACAACGAAGCCUGGAGUUUCGUGAUUUUAUACGCGGCCAUUUGCCUCAUUUGUCGCGGAUUCAGAAAUGAAGUAUUUGCGCCCAGAUCUUAGAUUAUGAAUAAGAUGCUGAUGGUGGUAAAAGCUGAUCUGAAGCACGUGAAGCUGCUCUUGGGAGGAAAACAGGACCGGUGCGUCGCUGAACUGCAGUCUGGGGGGCACACUUUUCUGUGGGGGGGGGGGGGUCUCCAUUUCUGAAGCUGGGGCCUUUCUUGAAAUCUGAUGAGUCUGGGGCUCAGAAUAGCCAUCUGCAUUCAGUUAAAAUUAUUCAUUUGUAUGUAACUGUAACAACAGGCUACUUACUGUUUUAUGUUAUUUUUAUGAACUAUGCAACUCCCAUAAACUGUAAAGCCUUUGAUACAGAGAAAAGCCCAGUGAAUCAAGGCGGAGCUUGAAGACAGACUCUGUUAGCACCUAGACGGUGGAGCUUUUGAACCUGCUGUCAGACUUUAGACAGCUGUUGGACUGAGAUGUCCUUCUAUACUGCUGGGACAAACAAAGUCUUGCUGCUUUUCCUGUGUGAUUGUGUGACACAGCUGUAGCGAAUGUUAACACACAAACGACUAUGCAGAUGUUGUCAUGAUUCUUUCAUUGAAAGAGGAAACCACUAUAUUUAUUAACAUACUCAAUAAAUGAACCCGAGUAAAAUGUU